GGGGAGGUGCGGGGCUGGAGGAAGUGGAAUGGCUAGGACAGGCUGAGCGCUGAGACCAGUUGAGGGCUCUUCCUUCGUCAAGGCCCCCAGGACCAGCCCUAUCCACUGCUAGGAGCCUGGCCGUGAAGGGCAGCGGGAUAUUCCUGACGCUGCCUUGGUACGAAAGCCCCAAGACUCCUUGGAGAGUCCCGAGCUACUCCGAUCGGGUUUUCGCUCCUGGAACGGAGGCCGAGCUUCUGCGCUGGACCACAGUGGGACAGAUGGGAACAAGUAGCGGCUGCCGUGCGCUAGAGCAGUUCAAUUGGUUGCGGGAGGCGGGGCCGGCAAGGGGCGGGUCCUCCUUCACCCUGCCUCGGCCCGCCUCAGAAAACAGAGCCGGAUGACGCAAGCGUGGGAGGUGGCCUGGGGAGUAGUUCCGCUCCGAGGGCGGAAGUGCAUUUCCAGGUCUCGGCCGCUGAGCAGCCAGCAACAUGGUGGCUCCAGUGUUAGAGACGUCUCAUGUAUUUUGUUGCCCAAACCGUGUGAGGGGAUCCUUGAGCUGGAGUCCUGGGCCCGGAGGGCUUCUGGCCUUCGGCACGUCCUGUUCUGUGGUGCUAUAUGACCCUCAGAAAAGAGUUGUCAUUACCAACCUGAAUGGCCACACUGCUCGAGUCAAUUGCAUACAGUGGAUUUGUAAACAGGAUGGUUCUCCUUCUACUGAAUUAGUUUCUGGAGGAUCUGAUAAUCAUGUGAUUCACUGGGAAAUAGAGAAUAACCAGCUUUUAAAAGCAGUGCAUCUCCAAGGUCAUGAGGGACCCGUUUAUUCAGUGUGUGCUGUUUACCAGAGGAGGGCAUCCGACGUCACAUUACACACACUGAUCGUUUCUGCGGCUUCGGAUUCUACUGUUCGAAUCUGGUCUAAAAAGGGUUCAGAAGUGACAUGCCUUCAGACCUUGGACUUUGGGAAUGGAUUUGGUCUGGCUCUUUCCUUGUCUUUUUUGCCUAACACUGAUGUACCAAUAUUAGCAUGUGGUGAUGACGACUGCAAAAUUCACUUAUUUGUUCAAAAGAAUGAUCAGUUUCAGAAAGUGCUUUUUCUCUGUGGACAUGAGGAUUGGAUAAGAGGCGUGGAGUGGGCAAUCUUUGGUAGAGAUCUUUUCCUAGCAAGUUGUUCGCAAGAUUGCCUGAUAAGAAUAUGGAGGCUGUAUAUAAAAUCGACAUCUUUAGAAAUUCAAGAUGAUGAUAAUAUAAGACUGAAGGAAAACACUUUUACUAUAGAAAAUGAAAGUAUUAAAAUAGAAUUUGCUGUUACUCUGGAGACUGUCCUAGCUGGUCACGAAAAUUGGGUAAAUGCGGUUCAUUGGCAACCUUCAUUUUACAAAGACGGUGUUCUACAGCAACCAAUGAAACUGUUGUCUGCCUCCAUGGAUAAAACCAUGAUUCUCUGGGCUCCAGAUGAAGAGUCAGGAGUUUGGCUAGAACAGGUUCGAGUAGGUGAAGUUGGUGGGAAUACUCUGGGGUUUUAUGAUUGCCAGUUUGGUGACAAUGGCUCCAUGAUCAUCGCACAUGCUUUCCAUGGAGCAUUGCACCUUUGGAAGCAGAAUGCAGCUAACCCAAAAGAGUGGACUCCAGAGAUUGUCAUUUCAGGACACUUUGAUGGUGUCCAAGACCUAAUGUGGGAUCCAGAAGGAGAAUUUAUCAUUACUGUUGGUACUGACCAGACAACACGGCUUUUUGCUCCAUGGAAGAGAAAAGACCAAUCACAGGUGACUUGGCAUGAAAUUGCAAGGCCUCAGAUACAUGGAUAUGACCUGAAAUGUUUAGCCAUGAUUCACCGGUUCCAGUUUGUAUCUGGAGCAGAUGAAAAAGUUCUUCGGGUUUUUUCUGCACCUCAGAACUUUGUGGAAAAUUUUUGUACUAUUACAGGCCAAUCACUGAAUCACAUACUUUGUAAUCAAGAGAGCGAUCUUCCAGAAGGAGCUACUGUCCCUGCUUUGGGAUUAUCAAAUAAAGCUGUCUUUCAGGGAGAUAUAACUCCUCAGCCUUCUGAUGAAGAGGAACUGUUAACUAGUACUGGUUUUGAGUAUCACCAGAUGGCCUUUCAACCCUCUGUACUUACUGAACCUCCCACUGAGGAUCAUCUUUUGCAGAAUACAUUGUGGCCUGAAGUUCAGAAACUAUAUGGACAUGGCUAUGAAAUAUUUUGUGUUGCUUGUAACAAUUCAAAGACUCUGCUUGCCUCAGCAUGUAAGGCAGCUAAGAAAGAGCAUGCAGCUAUCAUUCUUUGGAAUACUACAUCUUGGAAACAAGUGCAGAAUUUAGUUUUCCACAGUUUGACUGUCACACAGAUGGCCUUCUCACCUAAUGACAAGUUCUUACUAGCUGUUUCCAGAGAUCGGACCUGGUCAUUGUGGAAAAGGCAGGACACAGUCUCACCUGAGCUAGAGCCAGUUUUCAGUCUCUUUGCCUUCACCAACAAAGUCACUGCUGUGCACAGUAGAAUUAUUUGGUCUUGUGAUUGGAGUCCUGAUGGCAAAUAUUUCUUCACAGGGAGUCGGGACAGAAAGGUGGUUGUCUGGGGUGAGUGCGAUUCCAGUGAUGAUUCCAUGGAGCACAGCAUUGGCCCCUGCUCCUCAGUCCUGGACGUGGGUGGGGCUGUGACAGCCGUCAGCGUCUGCCCAGUACUUAACCUUUCCCAGCGAUAUGUUGUUGCAGUAGGAUUAGAAUGUGGAAGGAUUUGUUUGUAUAGCUGGAAAAAGACUGAUCAAAUUCCAGAAAUAAAUGACUGGACCCGCUGCGUAGAAACAAGUCAAAGAGUCAUACACUUGCUAUCAAAAAAUUAUGCUGGAAGAAUUAUAAUGGAAGAACUGAACAGAAUGAAGCAGAAAGCACUGAAUGGCUACACUUUGCAAGUUGUGGCGAAGAUCAUACUGUGAAGAUAUACAGAGUUAACAGAUGUGCACUGUAAUGGACUUAAUAACCACAAGUAUCUUAAGUAACACAAUCAUUGGUGUCUUAAAAUAUAUAUCAUGUAAAUACAUAACCUUUCUUUACCUUUAUAAUUUCAGUGAGUUUCAUUUUUAAGUCACUAUAGCAGUAGUCCUUAUUUGCGUUAUAGAUCCUUUGAAAAUCUGCUGAAAGCUGUGGACCCUUUUCUCAAAAUUGUUAUUUAUGCACACACACCAGAACUUUACACACACUUUCAGGGAGUCAUGGACCUGCAUUCAUGGGGCCCAGAUUAAGAGCCCUGUUCUUUCUUUAUUCAUUACUGAAGUUUCUUAAUUUUUUGUUAUUUUGGGUUUCCUCUUUUCAUCUCCCCCUUUUGGGGACAUUUCAUUAUUUACUACCCUUUUCAGAGAGAGGGCAUAGAAAAUAAAGAAGAAAUCCAGAGUACUCAAUUUUUAUGUUAACAGCUUCUGUAAAUAAACAUACCUCCCAAAGUGUGCUAACUCUUGACUCCUUCUUCCCCCGAACACACCAGUAAUUCUAGGAAUUUGGCAGGCAGUUGUGAGUUUGAACUUUAGCCAAUCCUUUCCUUUAUUUAUAAGUAUAUGGAUUCUUUUAGGGCUCGAUUUAGAGUGCAUUUAAAUUGAUAGGUGUAGGUACUAAACAAUAGAGUUCUGAAUCAUUUGAACUGAGGUGAUCGCUGAAGUCAUGAGAGUGAAGAGUGUUCCCCAAGAGAAUGUGCAGCAGGAGCAGAGAGAAGUGGGUGCUGUAACAGAACGUUGGGGUGUGUCAGCUUAGGGUUAGGAGGGCUAGGAGAGUUGGACAGCUUGAGAGUUGGGUGGAGAACACUUAAGGGAGGAUAUAAGAGGUGGUUAUGAAGACUGAUGUGAGAGUGGGGGCUUGCCCCAGACCCUGUUGGAACAUGGGGUCAUCUGACAAAAAUGACACUAAAAUGCAUACUGUACAUAAUGAAUAUGCUGAAAGAAGAUGGGGUGAGGAUAUUCUUGGUGGGAGUUUUUAAGUUUU